GAUGGAUUGAACCCAUCACCAAACCCUCCUUCCCCUCUCCGCCCCUCUUUCCACGGCCGAUCGCCGCCGCGGCCACCUCCAUUUCCGCCGUGCCGCUGCUACAAGCUCUGGUAUCCGCUCUAUCCUCCGCCAGAUCCGCGUCGCCGUUCGACAGCUUCACCAUUUGAGCUAGGAGCUGAAUCAAACACUGAAAUCCACUCGCCGACGCAUCUCGAGCUGCAGCUGAGCUGGUAUUCAAUUUCCACCGCCGACGUCAUUCCAAUCGGUGCAAUUGGCGAGGAAUGGAGCUGCGUGGAGGUUUGGACGGUGGAAUUGGUGACUGAGCUGGUUGACGGAUUGAGGUCAUAUGGUGUUUGUGUUGUGUGCGUUAAUAGAUAGUAUGGGGUCACUCUGCAGUAGACAUCGGCACAGUCCAGCUGAUCCUGAGGAAAAUGAGCAGGCUGCAGAAAUUGAAAGGCGAAUUGAGCAAGAAACAAAGGCUGAGAAGCAUAUUCAGAAGCUUCUGUUACUUGGCGCUGGAGAUUCUGGAAAGUCCACUAUUUUCAAGCAGAUAAAACUUCUGUUUCAGAGCGGGUUCGAUGAGGCUGAGCUGAAAGGCUACACUCCAGUCAUCCAUGCCAAUGUUUAUCACACAAUAAAAAUAUUAUAUGAUGGUUCGAAGGAAUUAUCUCAAAGCUCAGAAGAUUCCUCAAAGUUCAUCGUAUCUGAUGAAAAUAAGGAAAUUGGAGAGAAAUUUUCAGAAAUUGGUGGUAGGUUGAAUUAUCCACCUCUAACCAAGGAGAUCGCACAUGAAAUUGGAACUCUGUGGAGAGAUAGUGCCAUACAGGAAACAUACGUCUAUGGUAAUGAACUUCAACUUCCAGAUUGUGCUCAAUUUUUUAUGGAAAAUUUACAAAGACUGUCUGAUGCAGACUAUAUUCCUACUAAGGAAGAUGUUCUUUAUGCCAGGGUUCGGACAACCGGUGUUGUAGAAAUCCAGUUCAGCCCAGUUGGAGAAAACAAGAAAAGUGGAGAAGUAUAUCGUCUCUUUGAUGUGGGAGGCCAGAAAAAUGAAAGAAGAAAAUGGAUUCAUUUAUUUGAGGGCGUCUCAGCUGUGAUAUUCUGUGCUGCUAUAAGCGAGUACGAUCAAACUCUCUUCGAGGAUGAUAACAAAAACCGAAUGAUGGAGACAAAAGAACUAUUUGAGUGGAUCCUGAAGCAACCGUGCUUUGAGAAAACUUCAUUUCUGCUAUUUCUCAACAAAUUUGAUUUAUUUGAAAAGAAGGUCCUCAAAGUUCCAUUGAAUUCUUGCGAGUGGUUCAAGGAUUACCAGCCAGUUUCAACUGGGAAACAAGAAAUCGAGCAUGCAUAUGAGUUUGUGAAGAAAAAAUUCGAGGAGCUGUAUUUCCAAAGCACGUCACCUGAUCGUGUUGACCGGGUCUUCAAGAUCUAUAGAACAACCGCCUUAGACCAGAAGCUUGUAAAAAAGACCUUCAAGCUGGUAGACGAGACCUUGAGAAGGCGAAAUCUAUUCGAAGCAGGACUCUUGUGAUGCAAGCUAAACUUCACAAAAUCGACGAAUCAAUGGCUUAAGGAGUUUCCAGGUCACAUAAUUCGAAUCUUUCGAAUGUGGUUAUAUUAUCUGUGAUUUAGUUCAUUUCAUUUCCUCGCUUAAAGACCAUCCCAUUUUUAUUUUAUUACUAUAUUUUUUUUCACUACAACGAUUGACAAAGCACCAUUUGUAUGUUCUUUGUUAUUCAUCAUCUGUAAAUGAGGUGAUCUGGCUGUAAAUCACAUUGAUUUUGCACUUUAUGAUAUGUAUAUUUCUUUGAUA